AUGAUGUUGAGGUUGAGAAUGGCAGAUUCAUCAAAGCGAAAGGUGCCGUCGAACUCCAACCUUGGCAUGGACAACAUUAAAACGACAACGAUGAUGACAUCAUCUUCUUCCUCGGUGCCGACAUCACCUGUGAGCCUGCGGAAAACGUCAAGCGUGAGGAAAAGCAACUGCCUUUGCUCCCCGACGACCCAUGUUGGCUCGUUCAGGUGCAGGUACCAUAGGAACUCGGGCGGGAGCCUUACUCGAAGCAGCGUGUCCGUUGGAUCAAAGCUAUCUGAGCUGGCAGACAAAUCUAUCAUGGAGGCACACAAUCCCUUCAACAUCAAUGUCUCGUCUCAAAGACAGGGCUCCCCUCCUCGGACCUUCCUACCAGCAUAGACACAGAUAG